CCGCCUCCAGCCCCCCUCGCCGUGAGGGAAUCUGGGAAGAGGCGGAGAACAAUAUGGCGGAUGGCGAGGAGCCGGAGAAGAAAAGAAGGAGAAUAGAGGAGCUGCUGGCUGAGAAAAUGGCUGUUGAUGGUGGGUGUGGGGACACUGGAGACUGGGAAGGUCGCUGGAACCAUGUAAAGAAGUUCCUCGAGCGAUCUGGACCCUUCACACACCCUGAUUUCGAACCCAGCACUGAAUCUCUCCAGUUCUUGUUAGAUACGUGUAAAGUUCUAGUUAUUGGAGCUGGCGGCUUAGGAUGUGAGCUCCUGAAAAACCUGGCAUUGUCUGGUUUUCGACAGAUUCAUGUUAUAGACAUGGACACUAUAGAUGUUUCCAAUCUAAAUAGGCAAUUUUUAUUUAGGCCUAAAGAUGUUGGAAGACCUAAGGCUGAAGUUGCUGCGGAAUUUCUAAAUGACAGAGUUCCUAAUUGCAAUGUAGUUCCACAUUUCAACAAGAUUCAGGAUUUUAAUGAUACUUUCUACCGACAAUUUCAUAUUAUUGUAUGUGGACUGGACUCUAUCAUAGCCAGAAGAUGGAUAAAUGGCAUGCUGAUAUCUCUUCUAAAUUAUGAAGAUGGUGUGUUAGAUCCAAGCUCCAUUGUUCCUUUGAUAGAUGGUGGGACAGAAGGUUUUAAAGGAAAUGCAAGGGUAAUUCUGCCUGGAAUGACUGCUUGUAUUGAGUGCACACUGGAACUUUAUCCACCACAGAUCAAUUUUCCCAUGUGCACCAUUGCAUCUAUGCCCAGGCUACCUGAACACUGUAUCGAGUAUGUAAGGGUGUUGCAGUGGCCUAAGGAGCAGCCUUUUGGAGAAGGGGUUCCAUUAGAUGGAGAUGAUCCUGAACAUAUUCAAUGGAUUUUCCAAAAAUCCCUAGAGAGAGCAUCACAAUAUAGUAUUAGAGGUGUUACAUAUAGACUCACUCAAGGAGUAGUAAAACGAAUCAUUCCUGCUGUAGCUUCCACGAAUGCAGUCAUUGCAGCUGUGUGUGCCACUGAGGUUUUUAAAAUAGCCACAAGUGCAUACAUACCCCUUAAUAAUUACUUGGUAUUCAAUGAUGUAGAUGGGCUGUACACAUACACAUUUGAAGCAGAAAGAAAGGAUAAUUGCCCAGCUUGUAGCCAGCUUCCUCAAAAUAUUCAGUUUUCCCCAUCAGCUAAACUACAGGAGGUUUUGGAUUAUUUAACCAAUAGUGCUUCUCUGCAAAUGAAAUCUCCGGCCAUCACAGCCACAUUAGAGGGAAAAAAUAGAACACUUUACUUACAGUCAGUAACCUCUAUUGAAGAACGAACAAGGCCAAAUCUCUCCAAGACAUUGAAAGAAUUGGGGCUUGUUGAUGGACAAGAACUUGCAGUUGCUGAUGUCACCACACCACAGACUGUACUAUUCAAACUUCACUUUACUUCUUAAGGGAAAGAAAUCUACAUUUAAUAGAAAACUCAUGGAAAAAAUACAGUUAAUGGAUGCUAAGAAGUUUAAUUGAUGUCAUUUUUAGCAGUAGUGUUGCUGGAAAUUGACUUUUUUAUAUAAUGAACCAGUCUUUUUUAGCUUAAUAACUUGACCUUGAGGACAGAAUUUGGGGGUUGGUGCUUGUAAGCAUUUUCAUUGAUAAUAUGGGAAACAAUGCCUGGAGAGAAAGAUUAUGAGAAAACGUAUUGCUUCUUCCAGAGAAGGAGGCA